AAUUACGUAGCUAACUUCUCUGAUAACACGGGUCAGGUUGACACUCAUAAAACAAACCUUAUUAUGAGGAUCAUAAACUACUAGACUGGGUGGGUGAUUAGAGGAAAGCUUUCUGAGACUCCUCCUCAUGCUUCUAUCUCUUUCUCUCUAGCGUAGCUUUCUUCAAGCAGCAGACUGGAAAACACCAGGCCAUUAAAAAAAUCUUAAUUAGUGUUUUGUUUAAUUAAUUAAAGCAUAAAUUCACAGCACACAUGGAUCACCAGUCACCAUUACCAACAAGGUUGCUGGCAGUGGCCUUGCUGAUAGCCCUGCCGCUGGGUGCUCUCAGUCUGGAUAAGCUGAACAUGUGCAUGAAUGGCAAACACCAAAAAACUGAACCCGGACCAGAAGGCGAGCUCUAUAAACAGUGUGUUCCUUGGCGUGAGAACGCAUGCUGCACUGCCAACACAUCAGCUGAAGCACAUGAGGACAACUCCUACCUUUACAACUUCAACUGGAACCACUGUGGAGUCAUGAGUCCCAAGUGCAAGAGUCACUUUGUCCAGGACACAUGUUUCUACGAGUGCUCCCCCCACCUGGGACCCUGGAUACAACUGGCAGACAGCUCUUGGCGUAAGGAGCGUAUAAUUGAUGUUCCUCUGUGUUUGGAGGACUGUGAGAGCUGGUACAAUGACUGCAAAUAUGACUUUACCUGCAAAGAUAACUGGCACAAAGGAUGGGACUGGAGCUCAGGUACAAACCACUGCCCCACAGGUGCUGAAUGCCGCCUAUGGUCCGAUGUCUUUCCAGACGCUAAGAGCAUGUGUGAGAAUAUCUGGACCAACUCCUACAAGUACACCACUCUCUCCAAGGACAGCGGUCGCUGCAUGCAGAUGUGGUUCACUGGAUCCAACCCCAACAAGAAGGUUGCAGAAUAUUACCUCAACCAAUCCCCCAAAACAGCAGCCACGGCCACAAGCCUCACACUCAUGCUUACCAUCGUUCUGUCUGUUUUCCUGCACUGAGAUCAAUAAAAUAGAAACAGGAAUGACUGCAAAAUACGAGUCAUUUGUUUAUUAUGUCUGAAUUAGUCUCUCUCUGUUUAACUCUUUCAGAACUGAAUUAGGUCUGUAUCCAGUGAC